AUGAUUAAAUUUUUAAUUUUAAUACUUGGCAUAGUAUUUGCAGGGACUCCCUACAACUAAAAGAAAGUUUUAGUAUUAUCUGAUAAUCCAGCAGUCUAUGUUUCACAUUCACAAUUUUUUAAUUUGUUGAGUAAGACAUACAGAGUUGAUUAUAAAAACAUUUAAUCAAAUACAUUCAAUUUAUAAUUGUUUGGAGAAUGGCAAUAUGAUCAUCUUAUUUUAUUUAGUACUACAAAUGAUUUGAAAGUAAGUAUCUAAGAAUUAUUGGACUUUUAUGAUUCUGGUAGAAAUAUUUUAUUAUUGGGAUCAACAGACUAAUCAAAGUACUUUAGAAAGUUCCUAAAUAGUUUUGGUUUAGACAUGCAUGAAUAUGUAAUAUCAAAAAGCUAUUUUAGGGCUCUUCUGUAAUUGAUUAUUUUAAUAAUAUCAAAGGAAAUCAUAAUAUUGUUACCACUACUAAUGUGAAUAUACUUAAAGUAGAUAAACCAGUAGCUCAUUAAGGAGCAGGAUUAGCAAUGACACCAUAUGAAACAUUUUAGGUUUAUGGUUUAGUGAGAGGGUCAGAAACAGCAUUUUCAGGUUCUAAUCUUAGUCACAAUAUUAUAUAUGUUGGAGCAACUUAAGGAAGAAAUAAUGCAAGAUUUGUGGCUACAGGCUCUUGGGAAAUAUUGAGUGAUGAAUAUUUAAAUAAUUCUAAUUUGGGAAACUUUGAAUUAACUUAGGAAAUCAUUAGAUGGGGUUUUGGAUAAUCUAAGAUUUUAAAGGCAGAAAAUCUAAUUCAUAGAAGAUUAGAUUCAGAUGAUAUCAAACCUUAUAAUUAUAGAUUGAGAGAAGAUUGUUAUUUCUCAAUUGAUAUUUUUGAAUGGGAUUAUUAAAAGGAUUAAUGGAUACCUUAUGUUUCUACAGAAAAUGAUGUCAUUCUAGAAUUUGUUAUGUUGGACCCAUAUUAUAGAGUUCCACUAAAAAAAGGAUAAGGAGCAAAAUAUGAAUUGUCAUUUAAAGUAAUAUAUCAAUAUAUUUUAUUCUAGAUUCCAGAUGUUUAUGGUGUAUUUUAAUUCAAAAUCAAUUAUUUAAAACCUGGAUAUACAUUUUUAAAAAUAGCAGAAAAAAUCACUGUAAGACCUUUUAGACAUGAUGAAUAUGGUAGAUAUUUGGUCUAAGCCUACCCAUAUUAUUUUUCAAGUUUUGGAACAAUGGCUGGAUUUGUUGUAUUUCUAAUUGCAUUUUUAUUAAAUAAAUGA